AUGCGCCCCCGGCUCGUCGUCCGCCGACGCCCGGCCUUGGCCACGGCGUCUCGACCCCUCCCGCCACCGUCCUGCCGCCGGAGCUUGGCCACAGUCAACUCCAUCAAGGCCCGCCCCGUUCUCCCCUUCCUCCUCGUCCCCAGAGCCAGCCCCUCGGUCGCGCGAUCCUUCACCUCCGAGCGCCGGCAAUGGCUCAAGCACGAAGCCAAGUUGGUGGUCCGAUACACCCUCACCUUCUGGGGAAUCCUCGCCGCCGUCGCCGCCAUUUCCUUUGCCAUCCACGAGGAGGUUGGCGAGAGGGACUUCCCAACACCGCAUGAGUGGCACUACCUGACGCGAAAGUUCUUGAGAGAUGCGCACAGGCGCAAGGACCCGAAAGACGGUGAUGUCAACUGGGCCAUGGCGCUGGACCUGGCAAGAACGGCCCUCCUCAGAUUGGAGGACGGAGGCUCCGACGGCGCCCGCCUGACCAAGCUGUCGGAUCGGGAGGUUCCCGCGUUGGAGGUUCCCGGCGAGUUCAUACACUAUGAUAUAUCCGCAAAUUCGGAGGAGUGGCGGAGGGGCUACUUUGAUGCCAUCAUGCUGGCGGCCAAGGCGGCCGAGCACGUCGAUGGCUGGGUCCGCGACCGGACACGCAACGUCGUCUCUCCUCCCGAGUUCGUCAUCGGCCCAUCCAACCCCCGCCCGGCGCCCAUUCCGCCGGGUAACCCUCACGCGCCUCGCGAAGAAGACUGCGACCCGGCCUAUCCCUCCGCCGACAACUGGUACAUGAAGAUUCUCGCGACCAAGGGGUUCAUGUCGCGGCAAAUGAUGGAGGCGGCUCUCGAGUAUGCGAGCUUCGUCGAGUUCAAGGGCCGUGCCGACGGGGCCGAGGCGCUGUACAGCCUGGCCUUGGCGGAAGCCACCAAAGGGAGCGAGCCGUCCACCCUGCCCUUUGAUCCCAAAACCCUGGUCCUCAAACAUGGCGUCGAGCCGGCCUCGAUGAACAUCUUGGACGCCCUCACCGCCAGCGCCAACUUCAAAGCCCGCAGGGGCGACGUCUCGUCGGCCCUCCCCAUGUAUAUUUCUCUGCUCAAGACGCGGCGCAGCCUCGCCGAUAUCCCUCCUCCCGAGGCGUCCUCCAAGCCCAGACGCCGCUCUCUGUAUCAACAAGUCACCAACUUCUUUGCGCCGCCGCCAUACCCCGCACCGCCCGUAGAUGGCUCUCGGCCCCCCUGGCGCAGCCCGUACGAGCGCUGUCAGGAGGCAUCUCUGCAUCUGUACAUUGGUGAGAUUAUGUACGCAAACUCGUCGCACGCCGACGGCUUGGCAUGGACGCGCGAUGGGGUCGACUUGGCCGAGGAGCAGCUCCGCGCUCUGAGCAAGACAGAAAAGGGGGCCAAGCAGACGUGUCGGGAAUGUCUCGCCACCGGCCUGGAUAACUGGUCUACGAUGGUGGCGCGGCUGGCGAGGGCCGAGGAGGCCAAGGGCAAGAGCGGCUCCAAGUCAGCCAUCUUUUCCUUGUGGAGCGGGCCGAAAGAUGCCGAGGGCCGCUGGGCGGCGGAGGAGGCCGUGGUGCAGGAACGCAUGAGGAGGACUGCGGAGCUGAUGGAGGACAUAGUGCCGCCGGAGACGGGUCUUCUUUCAUAUUUUAAAGCGUAA